UUUCAUUUCUCUCUUAUCACCACCAUUUUUUCAGAUCCAACUUCAUUCAUUCGUAACUGUUUUUUCAACUCAAUUUCAGAUCCAACCAUUCAAAUUUCAAAUUCAAUCUUAUCAAUGGCAAUUCCAAGAUUCUCUCUUGUUUUUCUUCUUCUUUCUUUCUUAGUCAACAUUGCUUCUUCCGCUGAUUCUCCGGCUCCGACUCCGGCAACGAAUUCAUCGCUAAAUUCUCCUUCUCCGACUCCGAUUCCGACUCCUUCUCCGGCAAAUUCACCUCCAGCGCCAACUCCAACUCCAACUCCGUCUCCUCAUUCCGAUUCACCACCAGCACCUUCACCAGAUAAUUCUCCUUCUUCUUCUCCUUCACCUUCACCUUCAUCAUCUCCAGCGCCAUCGCCUGAUGAAGCGGCGGAUAACAACGCAAUUAGCCACACCGGAAUCGGCGAAGACGGGAAAUCGUCCGGCGGAGGAAUGAGUUCCGGCAAGAAAGCGGGAAUAGCGGUUGGAGUGAUUGCGGCGGUAGGUGUGGUUGCAUUGGGAGCGAUGGUGGUGAAGAAGCGUAGACAGAAUAUUCAGAGAUCUGAGUAUGGAUACACAGCAAGAAGAGAACUUCUGUAAAAGAUUCGAUUUGAAUGUAUGAGUUUAUGCCAAAGAUUAUACAAUUUAUUAGAAGUAAUUAGCAUUCAUUCGUAUACUGUUCUAGAUUUUUGUUUGAUUCUUCGAUUUGAUAAUGAUUUUUUUGCAAUAAUCUCUUGAUAAUUGGGAUAGAGUUUGAAGAUUUGAUAUUGUUAUCAUUUUAAGAUCUUGAAAAUUUGUCCAUU